GUUACGUCAGAUCUAUCCCGAACUGGCCACGCUAUUCCAUUCAAGGUGAUGCACGGCUUGGUAAUCACGAUUUGUUAAUCCGCAACGUAACCAAAUCGGAUGCCGGGUCAUUUGAAUGUCAAGUUUCUCCUGCUGAUGGGCAUCCACCACUGCGUAGGCAAACCACAUUAUCCAUCCUGAUCAAGCCUUCGCAGCCGGUUGUUAUCGCUCCAUCCGGCGAGCCCCAACCACUUCCUAACGGUCAGCUGAUUGUACCGCGACAUGCGAUCAAUUCUAGCACCAGCUCUGAAAUGCAAAAUUAUCUGAGAUUAAUCUGCGAAUCCCAUGGAGGUGUACCACCACCAACCUUUGAAUGGUUCCACAACGGUAUUUCGGUGAAACCGGAAAGAGCGGACGACCCAGAGGAGCAAGACGGAAUGCCUGUUGGUGGUCAAAGUAGAACCGGUUCCAAGGAAAUACACUCGGUGUCAGUGAUACUGCUUCGCGACAAGUUGCAAACAGGAGAUCGCAUAGUGUGUCUGGUCAGUAACAAAGCAACACUACGAUCGAAAUUGUUGUCACAUCAAAAAAUGCGCUCUGAACUGAUUGUUGUAAUACACUCCCCACCUGGAGAUCCUGAGAUAAUCGACUGGUCACGAAGCUCAGAUCAAUCGAAUAUCUUCGUUGAGGGUGCACAGUUUGAAGCAACAUGCCGCGCCGAUCCCGCAGGUAAUCCUCCCGGUGAAUUGUUCUGGAGGUGGGAACGUCCUCGACAACCUUUGGAAACCUCCGUAGAUUCGAGAUUACCCAAAGUGACCUUGGAUAUUGUUGCGCAAAUAGUAAGUGCAGUCCCGCCGGAACACGUGGUUCACCAGUAUUCUGAGGGAAAAUUGUUGAGCAAAGUGCGAAUACCUCUACUGAAGUCAGAGUAUCAUGGUCUGGAUCUUGUGUGCGCCGUCAAACAUCAAGUUGGCCCUGAAAAAUCUGCUCGUAUUCCAAUCCUUGUCAGAUAUGGACCAGAAUCGGUUUAUAUUCACGGCCCGGAGGAGACAACGGAUAUCCUGAAACAGACACCUAAAUUCGGGACAAAUAUGACCAGCUUUGAGGUCAAAACGCUCGACCUACACAACCGAUUGACCUAUGUCUAUCUAGAUAGGCCACAAUAUCUCCUCUGUAUGACUGGGACUUACUACGACCAAGCCGUGAUCCAGUGGUUUGGAUUGUCAAAUCGCUCAGGGGAAUGGCGGGAGAUUCAACCGUUGGAAACUUUCUCUCGGAAAACUGCAAAUGCGUCAAACAGGUUCAUCAUGUUCUCCAUUGUUAAACUGGUGUCUACCAAUGUUGAACGCCCGGCUUUCGAGUGGGUAGGAAUCAAAUGCAAAGCUGGCCAAACUCCAGGACAGUUCACAGUGGAGAAUCAAACAGUACUGCGAAUUUACGAGCCCCCUGGAAAACCGACAAUAACUGGCUACGAACCAGGAAAUCUUUUCCAAGAGGAAACUAACCUUACGCUUGAUUGUGAGGCCACGCCAGGAAGUCCACCAGGUUACCUUCUGUGGAUGACCAGUUUUGAUCGGAAAACGGAUGACGAACUGCAACUGAUCAACUCUACGUCACGAAUGAAUGCCCAAUCGAAGCUUACAUCCUCUUUUGAGAUAACCCUGAAUCGGGCCAAUAAUGGUUUAUCCAUAUGGUGCGUUUCAGUAAACGAUGGAUACAACGUAUCCGAACGUCAAACAAGCUUACCCGUCAGACUUGAAGUGGCCUAUGCGGCGACCACAAUUAAUCUCACCGUAUCCGAUGGUUUCGGAAGGCUGAUUGUUCCACGCGACGGUAUUCAUCGAAUACCGAAAACAAUACCUGACAACCCGUUUGCAUUCAUCAAUUCGUCGGUGGCAACAGCUGAGUCGGAUACGAUAAUUUCGAUUACCUGUCACGUGGAAAGGUCCAAUCCACGCCCCCUUAUCCAGUGGAGGAGGUACGAUUGUCCAGUGACAACAAAUGUCUCUGGCAACUACUCACUGGAAGAAAGUGCAAUGAGGAAGCACUGUGCUGUCACCCCGCUUAAAGGUGAAGAUGAUAACGCACAAUCUACGAAUGUCGUUCGAAGUCGCAUAUCCAUUUCUCUGAACUGGUCCCACCAUGGCGAUUUCAUCGAAUGUUUCACACAACCACCCGCUACCUACCACUCCGGUCAGGAUGUCUCGUCUGCUGAAUCUAACUCACGUUUUUUAUCCACUGGUUCUUCAUCGGGUCUCAGGGAAUAUGUGGUUCUAAACAUCCGCUUCAAACCCGUAUUUAUACGACCGUCGGAUCACAGACAACAGCGUGCGCAGCAAAUUGCUAUGGACGACGAAAACUACCCGACGCCACAGUACAUCGCUAUAGAAGGUGGGACGGUCGACUUAGAUUUGACACCUCUGGCCAAUCCACCAGUUCACAAACUCGUAUGGUACAAAGAAAAUCAACAACUGAUAUCCUCGCCGGCACACACAAACCGAGAUGGAGGACAAAUGAGAAUUUUUAUCGAAAAUUCCAGGCUACAUAUCAGCCCGGUAGAAGUGAGCGAUAUGUCGUACUAUACCCUUAUCGCGUCAAAUACGAUGGGAUCAACUCGCUUCAAAUUUUUCUUGAACGUUACAUUUGGUCCACAGUUGAUUGGAAAGCCGAUCAUCAACAUCACCGCUACCGGAAAGAAGGCACAACUAGAAUGCGAGGCAAGGGCUAAUCCAACUCCGACAGAAAAUGCUGUACGGUGGCGCAGAAUUUCGCAUUCUUUCACUGGGAUGGACUAUGCAACCCAACUUCCGCGUCCAAAUACUGUAUCAGAGAUCCCGAAGAAAACGGAGGAAGAGUCACUGGCUGAUUCUGUGACCGGAAUAAGAUGUAACAAGGGAAAGUGGCAUAACGGGUUCAAGUACUUUGCGAAAUGUUGGAGUAAGAGCCCUGGCACUCUAACAAGUCUCCUCACCAUUUAUGACCUUGGACCAAGUGACGUAGGACGAUAUCAGUGUCAUAUGGACAACGCUAUUGGAUCUCCUGCUGUGCGAAUUGUGGAUCUAAUCUAUCCAUUUGCUCCGCGCAUCAUUCACAUACAACGGUGGUCAAAGGCUGCUCCGGGACCAGUGACAGGGUCACUUGACUCAGAAAACACGGAGACAAAUCAGUCACCUCAGACUAAUGGCAUUCGGCGACAAGCGCGUCUGACGUGUGUGAUUGCAGCUGAACCUCAACCUGAAGUGACGUGGUCAAGAGAACCCGCCAAUCUUACCCUGGUCGAAGGAGGUCAAUUUCGGUCGCAGAUGAAGUUGAUUCAUCCUGGACUGUAUCAUGCAAUACUGUAUCUUAGUCAACCGCGCGAUGAGGAUAAUGGGUUGUACUUUUGCAAGGCUAGCAAUUUAGUUGGAGAAGACAGUGGACGUGUGGAAUUGAUGAAAGCGUCAAAACCAGACGUACCUCAAGUGCCUCGGCUCGUUAACGCCACAAGCACAACACUUGCAGUCACGUGGACACAAGGCUUUAACGGAGGACCAAAGCAAAUAUUCCAGCUUCGCUGGGCCUCAAAUGAAAAUCCAGAAUCGUACACACAGACAGAAGUGGAGGAAGUACUGGAAAGCGAAACAGUAACUCACGUUAUUAGUGGUUUGCAAAAGGCGACCACCUAUCGUGUCGCAGUAAGUUCCAGAAAUGAAGUGUUCGGAUCAACGCGGUUUACACAAUACUUGUUGGCUUCAACCAGAGCGUAUGAUCCAAUUCCUGACAAAGAGGCCAUGCACGAUGAGGCCCGCGCAAAAUCCCGAAUUGGUGUUGGUGGAGGUCAUUGGGACAUCCAACACCAAAAUGAAAACCGAAAUGGUUUUGUCGGGGAAAGAGGCGGAAGUGAACCCGGUGCUAUUCAACGUGGACUGGUUGGGCAAACCAGUGGUGAUAAAGCAACGCUGACAAUUGUAAUGGCUUCGAGUUUCGGCGCUAUUGUGUUGAUCGCCAAUUUAUUGAUCAUCCUACUUCUGGCCCACAGAAAGCGGAAGAAAUCAGGUCUACAACAAAAAUCUUCGAUUACGGUUUUCCCGGGCAACGAACUGAUGCAACUGUGUCCAUCGGGGCUGAGUUUCAAUGACAUAAACGGUGAACAGCGUCACAUGUAUGCCGCUUAUGGAGAAGGAGCCAGUCUCAGUGAAGACGUCCUGGUGCAAAAUCGAUCGACAGACCAAUUUUCUCAGUUUCAUACAGGAUUCAGUCCUUCCGCAGUCAAUGGACGUACGAUUGAUAACUUCCACUUGGCUACUGGCCACCUCUCCUUUACCGGUUCACCUCAUCCUAGUCUUCAAGCUAUCAAUCCGUUAAAUGUUCAUACUCCAACUCAUCUGGAAUUUGGUGGGCAAUUGUCAAGCAAUUUCACCGACCCUGAACUAAACGCACUAAGUUAUUUGAACACAGAUAUGAGCCCGACGAUAACAGACCGUCAGGGAAAUCCCCUGUUCUCCAUAAAUCCCAGUAUUUCUGAAAGUGCGCGUAACACCCAAGUCAUGCCUGUAUCUGAAAGACGCACGCCGAUCAGUAUUCGCGUGAAUGCUGGUCUGGGAGCAUAUCCCAACAUUGGGGCACAACGAAUUGAAUCUCCGAAUUCGGGAGCAGCUUCAAGCAUUUCUGCCGCUCGAUCUGUGGUCUAUCCGAACACAAACAGUCUGGAACGGAAUGCUUAUUUUUGCAACCCACAUGCCAAACUGAGCCAUCAUCAGAACAACUCCCUGCUUGUUCGACAAGCAAGCUUUGGACAAUAUACUCCAAACGGAACAUUUACGCGGAAUCACUCCCCGUAUGGUACACAUCAGACGGCCUUGAGACAGAAUGUGUCUAGCUUUACUCCAACCCACACUCUAUUGAACUCUCGAACACGGACCAACUUGGGUAUGGCAGCAAGCCUCUAUGCCGAUCGAGGAAUGAGUCCGUCACAUAAUAGCCACAUAGAAAGUCCAGGACAAAAUGAUUUGAUGCCUACGAUGGGUACUUGUCAGCUUGUGCGGAGGGGAUCCUAUAAUUCCGAAAAAUCACGGAAUAUCUCACCACGCAUGAACACCUCCGAGAUGCUGGACGCGUACUUGCAAAGGUACAAUGAACAGCUUGAAGCUGUAAGGGCAAUGGUUCGAACCCGGUCACCAUCGAAACACGGAUCUGAGUUGGACGGAAAUUUCCAAGAAACACGGAAUUAUCAUGACGGACUGGAAGGAAACCUACCCCUAGAUCAUCCGCCCCCAACGGACAACUUGAUAAUCCCUCCUCCAAAUGCAUUUGGCAGUGCCAACCACCAUUACUCACCGAGCGUUUCCCGACCUAGGGUGGAUCUGAGUGUGAGACCAAUUUAUCGUGGUUCUGAUGAGGACGGAGAGAGCCAGACUACACUGUUGUCUCCCAACUAUCAUCGUCCACCAGAAAACGAGACACAACACAAUGCACCUGUGAAACAUCCUACACCGGAUCAAGCUUUGAUUUACACAAUGGAGAACCAAAGCAACUAUCCACGCUUCACUUCCUUAUUGUAAAACAAGAAAUUAUGUUUGACCGUAACCUGGAGCUAUUUUUCUGAAGCUACAAUUGAACCUUUAGGAUUAUUGCGUUCUGUACUAUUUGUGGGUUAACAUGUAAAAAGUAAUGGUGUCUUGCGAUUGGUCAAAGACCGUUUAUCUUCUAUUUUCAGCAACUUUGUUCUUCUCCUCACCGUCAAAACUGAGUCGGUACCCAUGCGCAUGACAAAAGUGCACCCUCACACUUUCGUCUUCUUGUACAUUGCAAAACGUCUGCUUAUUUUCUACCUUUUAAAGGAGACCAUCAUCCUAUACACAAAGCACAAACCAAACACUUUUUGCUUGUUCAUGAGGCUUGUCUAUGAAGAAAGUGUUCCCCAAGAAUUUCUCGAAAGUAGUACCAUGUUUGGAAGUUCGCCGUUAACGACUCGCCUGUGAGAAGAAUGUUGAUGUCUGAUCAUAAACACAG